GAUCGUGGCCUUCGCGGAGCCGCCCGUUUUCCUGCCGUGGGUCUUGAGUCCGGUCUGCGAGGUUCCCGUGGGCCCGGAGGCCGCUGAAAGGUUGGGGUCGUGGACCCGCCGCCAGGUCUCAGCAUCACGGAGGUGCAGGGCUUCAGCGCGGGGCCGGGCGCCCCGGCCCCGGGAGCGGCCCUGGCUGCAGCCCCCGUCGCGGGCGCGGCCCCGCAGGUCACCCUGCUGGUGAUGCGCCCCUGCAGCGCGCAGGACGACGGCGCGGCCGAGGGCGUCCUGGGGCCGGCGCCAGGCGCGGGGGGCGCCGCCGUGGCGGGCGGGCCCAUCGGGUACCUGUGCGACACGGCGGGGGACGCGGAGGACGAGGCGGGGGAGGACGAGGCCGACCUGCUGGACACCUCGGACCCGCCGGGGGGCGGCGAGAGCACGGCUAGUCUGGAGGACCUGGAGGACGAGGAGGCACACUCCGGGGGCGAGGGCGGAGGCAGGGCCUCGCGCCGGCGAGGUGGAGGCGGGGCCGGCGUGAGCAAGACCUGCACCUACGAGGGCUGCAGCGAGACCACGAGCCAGGUGGCCAAGCAGCGCAAGCCGUGGAUGUGCAAGAAGCACCGCAACAAGAUGUACAAAGACAAGUACAAGAAGAAGAAAAGCGACCAGGCCCUCCACUGCGCGGGCGCCGCCCCAGCCGGCAGCGCGGGCGCCGCCAAACUGGAGGAGAGUGCGGACAACAUACUGUCCAUCGUCAAGCGGACGGGGGCCUUCGGGGACCGGCCGGCGAGACCGACACUCCUGGAGCAGGUGUUAAACCAGAAGAGACUGUCCCUGCUGAGGAGCCCGGAGGUGGUGCAGUUCCUGCAGAGGCAGCAGCAGCUGCUGAACCAGCAGGUCCUGGAGCAGAGGCAGCAGCAGUGCCCGAGCGCGUCGGUGUGAGGGGCAUUUGCAGGGGCGCCCCGCGCCCUCUCGCUGCAGGAGGAGCGGUGUUUUGUGCCGGGGUCGGCGCGGAGCUCUGCCGGUGGUACACGGACCGCUGCUCUCCGUACACGCGUGUUUGGGAGUCAGUACACGCUGCUCUCCGUGCCUCUCGUCCUGCCAGCAGUUGGACGUAACGUGUCAUGGCAGCGUAUUUUAAACCGAACGCAUUUCUUCGGUCGUCGUUGCCGGAGAUGAUUAGGAAGCCGCUACUUUCGGUGGAGGCCGCGGCGCCCGCUGACACUGACCUUGAACCAUGGAGCUCACUGGCGGUCACUCACCGCAGGGUAGUGGGACGUGGGCGGGCGUGCUGUCUGGCUGUCACAGCGACCACGGAGACUGCCGGUUCUCAGCGGGUGGGCCAGCUGUGCCCCACGUGCGCGGCCUCGGGAGCGGAACGGCCUCCUUCCCGGUGCCCGUGGCGGGCCUCUCCGGGGCGCUGAGAGCCACUCGUGAUGGCAAAACGUAUCUGGGGCCUCCGGACUGGUCCCCCUGGGAGCCUUCCCUUUGCAGGGGUGGCCGGGGCUGCCAGAGGUGGGCUCCGCGUCCACAGGGAAGGUUGAAUGGGCAGGUGUCCGGGAGCAGGGCUGCCCCUGUGUUCGGGGUGUGCCAGGCAGCCCGAGCGGGGUCCGCUGGGCGUGCCGGGACCAGCGUCCGCCCCUGGCCCCCCCUGCGGGUCCCUCCUGAAGCGGGCCUGCCGUGUGUGGGGUCUGGGACGGGGCAGGUGGGCCUCGGCCCCUGCACCGGGAGGGGCUGUUCGUGCGAUGCUCAGGCUUUUUCAGACAGACAUCCUGGGAGUACGAGUGGCUCUCCUGCAUGUUGUCAGUGGCGGGCAGUUGGAAGACCGCGGCUGCUCAGUGAUGUCCGGAGACUGCUGGGCGAUCCAGAUGGAUACUUUCUUCUUGUGUUUCCUCCUGGGAAAACUUCUAAAAGGCAAACCUUCGGUAAGAGCAGCACAUCCAAGUAGUUCCCGUGUUGGGACAAUGAAUGUGUGUGCCUCAAGUUUAACUGCAGAAAUGUCUUAGUUCCUGGGUUUUCCAACUUUGAAAUGUAUAUCAAGUUAAACUAUAGUUGUACUUAAGGCGAGGAAAGAUCUUUUUGUUAUUUUUUAUCUGCUUUGUACCUGCACAUCUGUACAAAAACGCUUUCACCACAAUUACUCACUAAAGUCCGGCUGUCGACCUCUG